UUAAUUCAUGUUUGCAUCUUUCACAUUCUUACCUUAGUUAAUUUGAUUUCCAGCUGUUUAUUCUGAUGAUGAAGAAUUCUAUGAUGCUGAAGAACAUGCUACUGGAGAAUUUAUAGUUACUCUUCCAGGAAAAGGACAUCGUCGAACCUGUAGUGGUAUGAGUCUUCAGAGUGAAGGCCAGGGUUACACAGAUGGUGCCUCAUCAGAAUCUGACACAGAUCCAGAUCGGGAAAAAGAUGAAGCUCGAGUUAUUACAAGAAGAAGUAACCAAGAAGAGUUUUAUGAUUCUAACCAGUCCUCUUGGACAAACCAAAAAUCAGAAAAUGGCUCUUUUGAGCAAAAUGAAGAAACAGAAAAAGAAGGAAAACGCAAGCGUAGAAUCAAUAUUCCUGAGAGACCAAAUUACAGUCUUAGCUUAUGGUCCAUUAUGAAAAAUUGUAUUGGGAAAGAGCUUACCAAGAUCCCAAUGCCUGUUAAUUUCAAUGAGCCACUCUCCACCUUACAAAGACUCACAGAAGAAUACGAGUAUUCUGAGCUGUUAGAUAAGGCUGCUAAAAUGGAAGAUACUUAUGAGCAAAUGGCUUAUGUUGCUGCCUAUACUAUUUCAUCGUACGCCACCACGAGCAACAGAUCUGGCAAGCCCUUUAAUCCACUCCUAGGCGAAACGUUUGAAUGUGAUCGAACAGAUGACUAUGGUUGGAGGUGCAUUUCCGAGCAGGUUAGCCAUCAUCCACCAAUGUUGGCCCAGUACUGUGAAGGUCGAGGAUGGACGUGUUGGCAAGAAUUUAGUAUGUCUAGUAAAUUCAGAGGAAAAUAUCUACAAAUUAUCCCCCUCGGCAUCGCUCAUCUAGAGUUCACGAGUACAGGACAUCACUACACCUGGCGGAAAGUGACCACUACCGUCCACAAUAUCAUUGUGGGCAAGUUGUGGGUGGAUCACCAUGGUGAGAUGGACAUUGUAAACCACACUACUGGUGAUAAAUGCCACCUAAAAUUUAUCCCAUACAGUUACUUCUCUCGUGAAACACCGAGGAAGGUGACUGGUGUAGUCACAGAUAAGGAAGGUAGAGCUAAUUGGGUACUUCAAGGAACUUGGGAUCAUAAAAUUGAAGGAGCCAGAGUCGUUGGGAGUCAUGGAUCUGUGAAAGGAAAACCUUUACUAGAGACUUCGACUCCUAAAGUCUUGUGGAAGAGAGUUAUGCCUCCGCGUGAAUAUGAGAAAAUGUACAACUUCACUGUGCUUGCGUGUCAGCUGAAUGAGCCAGAAGAGGGCAUAGCUCCCACUGAUAGCAGACUUCGGCCCGAUCAGAGACUCAUGGAAGAAGGAAUCUGGGAUGAAGCAAACCAAAUUAAAGUAUUGUUGGAAGAAAAGCAGCGAGCUGCUCGUCGGAAGCGAGAACAAGAAGCAGAGCUUUCAGCUGCUGAAGGACGUCCAUACCUUGGCUACGAGCCCAUUUGGUUUCGGAAACAAACUGACCCCAUAACUGGAAAUCCAGUUCAUAUUUACCAGGGAAAGUAUUGGGAAAGUAAAGCAAAGCAAGACUGGAAUGCCUGCCAAGAUAUAUUCCUCUGAUUGUCAGUUAUUUACAGAUAUCCUUUCCAUGAUUAAGGAUAAUUUCAAACUUCUAAUGCCACAGCACUGUAGUCUCCCUCCCCUUUCCCCCAAUCCUUCAGCUACAGAUUGGACCUUGAAGGCAUGUGGUGAUGAAAUUUGGAAAGCAAACCUGUGGCAUCAGAAUCAACAUUAGACGCAAACCAAUGGUUUUAUUCAUGUGGGAAAGCCUGCAUUUCUUUGGAGGGAUCUCGAAAAUAAGUUGUUGGAUAAAAUAAUAUAUAUAUAUGUAGACUUUAUAUAUAUAGCAAACCAAUGGUUUGUGCUCAAAAUUGCUUAUAGAUAUAUAUAUAUAUCUAUAACUUUUUUUAAAUUUAAGGUGCUGGGUAAAACGAAUUACACCUUACAUUUGUCAUCAUAAUGAUAGUGAGGUGUGAAGAAAGCUUGUUAUGAAAUACAUCCGUUUGCAUUGGAAUAAUGCAGAAUGUUACUGUAGUUGUACUGUAGUGUUUAAUGAGUUUGGUCUGUUCUAGUGACCAAUGGCAUUUAGUUUUAAUUCUAAUGAACAUUUCUUCACUUUUAUAUUUACUUGUUCAGGUUUAAGUUUUCUUCUGGUCUGCUGAAAAAAAAAA